CCCGCUUCAUUCGGCGCGAAACAUCCAAAUAGAAAGACGGUUUGUUAAGGUAGAAUAGUAUCGCGUCUUUAGUCCCGCGUUAAGUUGUUAAUUGGUUUUAUACAGAAUGACAGAAGCAGCAGUGAAGAACACGAACUGCAUCACACUCAAAGGAUCAGCUAAACUUGUUGCGGAAUAUCUGAAUUAUGGCAUUAACAGUAUAUUGUAUCAGAGAGGUAUUUAUCCAUCGGAAACGUUCAGCAGUGCUGAAUACUUCGGUGUUACUAUUCUCAUGUCCCAGGACGAGAAAGUUAAAGAUUUUCUUAAGGAGGUACUUGGCCAGGCUCAAGAGUGGUUGUUGAAUAAGAAAGUAGAAAAAAUUGCACUCACAAUCACUGAUGUGGAUACCAAAGAAAUCAUGGAAAGAUGGGAUUUCAAAGUCCAGUACGAGAAUAGUUCAAGUUGUGACAAUCCGGACAAGGAAAUCGGAAACAAAGACCUUCAGGUCAUUCAGAGAGAAAUAAGAGAUGUGCUGCGACAAAUCGCUGCAUCUAUCAGCUAUUUACCGCUGUUGGAUUGUAUAUGUUCAUUUGAUGUUUUGAUAUACACUACUGCCGACUGUGAGGUGCCAGAUAAAUGGAAUGAGACAGAACCUGCAUUUAUAACAAAUUCACAAGAAGUAAAGCUGCGCACAUUUUCCACAUCAUUACAUCGUGUAGACACUUUAGUGAGCUACAAAGCCUCUACGUAAUGUAAUGGAAUGUGUGAUUACCAUGUGGACAUUUAUUUAUUCACAGUUACAGUGCAGCGCACAUUGUACUGUAAACUGAUAUGACUGAUCUGCUUUUUUAGGUGUAAUUCAUUUGUAAAUACACAUUUGUUAAAAAUUUAUCACAUUCUCAGUUUAUAUAUAAAUUUAGAAACAGUUUAAAUGUUGCUUAUAUUGUAUAGACUUAUUUCAGUGUGUCAUAUUCAACAUACUAAAUUCAAAUAAUUGUUCCCUUUGAAGUUGGACUGAAGUUCUUUACAGUGUAUAGUAGGCUAGCUUUGUAAUACAUGACAUUUUAUGUUUGGCGACAGCUCAACUGUGUUUUUUAUUGCUUUGUUUUAGGGAAAUGUUCGACAAUUGUAUACAUGAAUGAAUGUUUUGUGUAGUUUUAAAAGAUGACAUAAUUUUGCUAAUACAGUGUUUAAAUAUA